AAUGACAAGCCCAGUUCUUUAAUAGGAUUUCUAUACACGAUUCUAUCAAAAUGUCUUGUCGUGGAGACGUUAGCUUGUGUGUACUUGCGUUUCUGCUUAACCUACCAUUAGUGUUGGGUUCCGAAGGAUACUUCUGGCACGUGACAGACAACCAUAUAGAUACGCUAUAUGAAAGCCAACAAGAAUCAUGUAGAGACGUAUUUUCUACGGAAGAGUUGGGCAUCUUCGGCAUGCCACGAUGUGAUUGUCCAGUAAUCUUUCAGAAAAGUUUUGUUGGCGCGAUGAAAUCUUUGGGGCCAGCCCCAGAGUUUAUUGUUUGGACAGGGGAUAUGUCUCCACAUGUGAAAAAUGAAAGUGCUUUCAAACCAGAGUCGGUCGUGGUUGCCUCCAUUGUGAACGUAACGACUUUGAUAAAAGAAGCCUUCCCAUCAACAAAGGUAUUCCCAGCACUGGGAAACAAUGAUUGCUACCCUAAAGAUCAGCUUCAGCCACAUAAUAGUACACUUUAUACUGCAGUCGGUGGGAUUUGGAGGGAUUGGAUAGGUGAUGCAGCGUUGCAGACAUUUCACAAGGG